ACAGUGGCCACCUGUCGCGCGUCGUGCGAAGUAUGUCCGUCUUUUUAUUUUUACGUGGUAACAAACUUUUUGCGUAUUUUAUAGGUGGUUAUGAUAGUUCAACAGUUCUAAAAAAUCGUACUGAACUAUAUGUUUUAUAUAUUUCUAUGAUUAUAAGGUAAGUUAAUAUUUAUUUUUUAUUUUUCAAAAAUCUGUUUGAUUUAUCUGCUAAAAUACGGGGACGAAUCCGUACUUUAAAUAUAUAAAAUAUUUUCGUUAUAUUAUCAUCACUUAAACUGUAUAGAAAUCAAAUUAAAAAUAUUAUACUAUUAUUAUAUUUUGACAUUAAUACUUCUUUUUAGAUUUUGUGAAAAUUCGUAAUGACUAAUGGUUAACUAUGAAAAAUCAUUAUGCCUAACUAUAUAUUUAAUUUUAAACGACUUUUAAACUAGAAUGCAUUCUCAUUCAUCAUUAUUUAUUGUCACAAUGUAUACAUUUCACAUUCACAUUCAUACAAAUAUAUAUUAUUAAGUUAGUUAAAUAAGUUAUCAAAAAAUAAUAACAAUAAAAAUUGUAGUAAAAUUAUUGUAAAUGAAGAAAAAGAAAGAUGUGAAUAAUAAUAGUCAAAAUUCAGUUUGUAAUACAAUAUGAGCAUUUAAAAAAUAUUUUUUGUAUGCUAUAAUAUUGGGACUCUUAAUUUGUUUGCAUUCAAAUGAUUCAAUUAUUACUGGUAACAAACUGAUAAGAAGAGCAUGAUCUAGUCAAUAACCACUCGUUUGGAAAAUGUGAAAAUAAGAUGACACAAUUAUUUCAAUAUAUAUUUUAACGUUUUCGUAAAGUUUUAACAAUUUUAUUAUUAGGUAUAAUAAACAUCGUUUAGUUAUAGGUACCUGGUAUACUUUUAACUUAUCUAUUCAUAGUUUAUUGACCUAUAGAGUUUAGUUAAAGUACAUACUUAUUAUUUAAUUUUUUAAGUCUAUAGGUUUAUAUGAGAUAUUCACUCGAAAACAAUUAUUAUAUUUUUAUCUAUUUUUAUCGUUAUCGCUAUUUGUCCUUUAGAUGUAGAAAAUUCUUGUAAAAUUGUCUAACCUCUACGAGUAGUAAACCGAUUUUUUACUGCUAUCAAAUUAUGAAAAAAUUUGAUAAUGGAAUUUCAUCACUCUUACAGGCUACCUACUCAAAUAUACAAGUAGAACCUAUGUAUAAUUUAAGAAUAAUUGAAAAGACAAGGAGACUCGUAUCAAGAAACGCAUUACAAUAAAAAUGUUUGAAAUAAUGAACUUAAUUAAAAAGUAUUGAAAACACUAAUUUCCCUUCUCAGUUACAAUUCAAUCAUUUAAAUAUAUUUCUGUAUAUGAUCAAAAUCAUUACCAGAAUGGAGUUUUAAAUUAAAUUUUUAUAAUAAUUACUACUACUGUAGUACUACUAAUACUACUACUACUACUACUACUACUACUACUACUACUACUACUACUACUACUACUACUACUACUACUACUACUACUACUUCUGAAAGAUAAUUUUCUCUAAUUGGUACACGGAGAAGAUAAUUUUUCGAUUUUCUAAGAGGUUUUCGAAGCGAUUAGAAAAAACCCAAAAGAAAAUUAUAGGUAAAACGGUAAAUAUUUACGACACACCGCAGAGUUACUGAAAUACACGAUUUUUUUACAAAUUAUGGGACAACGAUUUCAUUAUUUUUAAUUUUUACGGCUUAUGUAUUUUUUAAUAUGAAUAUUGCUUCAAUAGAUAAACGACACGGGAUCUUUUUUAUUGAAUUUUUAAUCUAAUUUGUGAAGAAGUUGUUUGUUUUUCUCUGUAGUUUUAUUAAUAAUUACGAAAAUACCGAAAAAAAACGAAAAAUUAAAACUGACAAAUUCAUGGUGUCACAAUUUAAAUUUUUUACGGCCUAUGUUUUUCACCAUAAAUAUUACCCCAAUAAAAAAAUACCAAAGAUGUUUUUAUAGAAUUUGUUAUCUAGUUGGUGAACAAAAAAGUCGUUUUAUUGAUUUUCUUUGUGGUGUUUUUAACUGAGCAAAAUCGACAAAAAUACAGAAAGUACAGAAAAAUGUACGAACAUAAUAUUAUUUUAUUAUUUUCAAUUUUGUUUUUUUAAUGUAAUUUAGUUUAAUAUAUUCAUAUACACUUGAUGUCACUUGACUUGACAUUUUGACAGAAAACGUAUAUUUGCUUUUUCUAGACUAAAAUUUUCAAAACAUUUGAUCAAUUUUUGAGCUUAUUAUAGACAUUUUAAUUUUGGACUUUUACGUAAUUUUUAUUUGGUAGGUAAUCUGUGGAUAAAAAUGUUUGAUUAAACAGAAAUUCUUGAAAAUUGGACAGGAUGGUUGUAAUUCUUCUAUUUUGAGAGCGCCUUACUUGCAUUUUUAUCUGGCUCUUAUAAGGUUCAUUUGUAUGCCAUCAGCUACAACUCGUUCGUUGUCGUUUAAAAACAUAUCUAUACAAGUUCGUCUUUCGGGCCGGUAUUUGGCAAUAUACAAAACGAUAGUUCUUCUCGAAGCUCCUCGAUCUUAAUAGUUUUUAAUACAUUUUUAUCGGUUGAGUAUAGAAUAUCUAUAAUUUAAGAUUUUUAAAAAAAAAACUUGUAAUAGGUGAUACUGUUUUCGAACUGACAAUAACAUUCUGAAGAUGGUUACAUUUCAAAGUACGUACUGACAUUAGCUCCAGUUAUCUCGUAUUUGAAUGAAGUUGUAGCUCGAAUGGUAUUCGUAUUUUGAUUAGCCUCAAACUUGAAUAGAUUGAAAUAAACGGUUAACAGACUUUACAAACCUUACAAAACUCGUGUGGCGUAAGAAUGAAGCACGACUUAAGAUUAUUAAAAUGAAAACAAACACACUCGUAAUUUAGACUUAUGGCCAAAUAUCACUAUAAAUAACACUAUAACGCCCUUUGGUUUCAUCACAGCGUCAUGUAAAUAAAGAUCACAAACUCGUAUAAUAUAAAAGUAAUUUAUUACUGAGAUGUUCCUAACGUCUGUGUUCAGAACUAACUGCGGGUGGUGUGAUGCAAAAACAUAUCUACAUUGUGUAAUGAUAACAAUUAGUGAUAAUAAUUUAGAAUCUUACAAUGUAAAAAUAAAUAUAGCAUAAUUUAUCUUUAUAGGUAAAUGUGUAAAUGUACUUUUACAGCAAAAAAAUAGAAAAAUUCCAUAAUUUUAGCCAUAUUACCAUUAAAAUACAUACAAAUUAUAACUUUUUAGUACAGUUAUGGGCGCUCGUAUGAAUUUAGUCUCCUAAUCUUCGUGGUUUUGUGUAUCCGUGUACGGAAUACCUAUAGGUAUAUUAAAAUUUAAAAUAUAAAUAUAUAUAAUUAUAAUACUUAUUAACGUUUAUGACAAACGAGUAAGUAUGAUUCAGUUUUCACACAUAUUUUAAUUUAUACAUUAGUUUAAUAUUACUAACCAAGUUAAUUAAAUUUAAUAAUGACUUUAAUUUAUUCAUCAUAUCAUAAAAUUCAUGUUUUAUUAUUUUAUAGAAAACAAAAAUAAAGCGCAAUAUCAAAGUGAAAAUCGAUAUAACAUACAUAACCCAAACAAAAUGUUUAAUAGCCACGUAUUCAGGCAAAUAUAUGUUACACUGAUUGGUAAGUUUAAGGUAAAAAAAGUUAUAUAAUUUUAAAAAUAAUAUUAGGUAUUACCAAAACAAAUAAUGACAUUUUUUAUGCAAAUUUGUAAGCAUUUCUCAUUAAUAAAUUAAUUAUUGUUGACCCAUAAUUGUUAAAAAUAUCUGUAGUAAUAAAAAACAAGCUAAUUCUGCUGAUGAGUGUACCACACUACGACUGUUGAGAAGAUAGGAAAAUAAAGUUAAUAUAGGUAUUUAUAUCUGUACGUAAUGAAAACACAUACUUUAUGCAUACAUAUUUCUAACGAAGUACUAUUUUGAAGGAAAUUCAGACAUAGGUGAAGUGGGUACUACCAAACUUAACCACCACAUGUAUAACAUACAGAAACUAAAUAUCUCUAACAUUCUUUUUUUCAGACUUGUUAGACGUUGUUUCAAGGUAAUUAGAAUUGUUAGAAUGUAUUAUUUUUUUAUCAUAAAUGUCAAUGAUACAUCAGAACAUUCAAAACUAAAAUUAUACUAGUAGUCAAUAUAGACAUAAAAUGAGUACAAUAUCAUUAAGUAUUUUUAAACCAGAAAUAUGUAUUUCUAACUUAGAAAUAAGGUAAAAGAGGAGAAAUUAAAUCUUUUAGUUAAUUUAAAUAGGUAAACUUUAAGAACCUAUUUUUAAGUUAUGGAUAGGUACCAUUGAUAACAGAAACAAAAAUCUAAAGUAUUGAUACCUAAAAUAUCUAAAAUAUUGAGUGGGUAUCAUGAUACAUUUUUAACUUUUAUAGUUAUGAAUUAAAUUUGAAACUUUUGUAUACUGUACAUAUUAGAAUCAAACACAUAAGAUUCAAACUAAUAAUUACUUUUAGAUUCGGAGAAUAGCGAGCAAUGUAUUGGUUACAAAAAUGUUUACUUUUUUUUUUUUUUUAUACUAUGAAGAAAAUUUCCCCUAGAAAAUUUAAUCCAGUGUAUCAAGUAUAGUACCUUUCUUGAAAGAAAAUGUUAUCAACUUGGUACUUUAGAGAAGUCAUUUUUUGAUUUUUGAAGCAUUUUUUAGUAGAAUUUACUAUGAAAACCCUUGGGAAAAUCAAAAAAUGACCACUCUACAAAAAUUUUCUUUCCGAAAAGGUGUUACACUUCAAAACCAGAGUAAAAUUUUAGUAGAGUUGUUCAGAAAAGAAAACUAUAAAAUAAAAAAAUAAACAAAAUCAUAAAAUCAAGAAAUUCCUUGCUUCACUCCGUAUCUAAAAUAUAUUAUAUUCUCUUUUUCAAAAAUUAGCAUCAUUUUCCAUAUUCAUCAGUGGUAUGUGGUUAGGAUGGCCGAGUUCGGUGGUCGAAAAAUUCAUCAAGCACGAGACGGACUUUAACGUGAACAUCGACCAAUUAUCAUGGAUCGUAGCCAUGAUGGACUUGGGUAACAUCGUUAGUCCACUAUUCGCUGGAUACAUGAUGGAUACGAUUGGUAGGAAGACCAGCAAUGUCAUCCUCGGACCUCUGUUCAUCGUCGCCUGGUUACUAGCAAUAUACGUGCCAACCCCUUGGGCUCUGUAUACGGCAAGACUGAUGGCUGGAUUGGGCAAGGGCAUUUCGUAUACAGUGGUACCGAUUUUCGUUGGUGAAAUAGCCAGCGUUAAGAUCCGCGGAGCUCUGAGUACCUCAUUCUGUGUUCAACUCCACCUUGGUUUUUUGUUCGAAGCGAUAGUCGGUCCUCUGGUGUCGUAUAAAACUCUGAACGUGGUGUCUGCCACGAUGCCUGUGUUGUUUUUCUUAGUAGCCGUUUGGAUUCCGGAAUCCCCUUAUUAUCUAUUGAAGAAAAAUCGCCCUCUUGAAGCAGCCAAAUGCCUGCAGUGGUUCAGGCAUGAGGACAACAUCCAAGCCGAGUUACAGCAAAUGGAGGUGAACAUGAAAAAUGAUACGCAAAACCAGUCAUCAGUCCGUGAGAUGUUUUCCAGCCGGAAAAAUCUCCGGGCCCUCGGGAUCGUGGUCGUGACGUGUGCCUCUCAACGGGCGGGUGGCAUCAGCUGUAUUUACGCAUAUUCGUCACUAAUACUACCAGAUCCCGCCCCGGUCAUCGGCAAAUCCGAAUACAUAAUGUUAUUUGCCACGCUAUUAGUCAUCGUAAAUUUUGUCGGCUUGGCAUUAGUAGACCAGGUAGGCAGGAAACCGCUUUUGAUUUUUUCUCAGACGGGUUUAGGCGUUAUAUGCCUACUUUUUGCUCUGUACUUCUAUGCCAAUGAACACAAUGACGACGUUCAGAUUCAGUACACGUGGUUUCCGUAUUUGUGCCAUGUGUUGUUCUCCAUAAUAUUUGCUAUCGGCGUAGGAUUCAUGCCAGUAGUUUUUUUAGGCGAAAUGUUUCCGGUGAACGUUCGUUCGUAUUGUUCCGCCAUAGCGUCUAUAACAUUGUCCGUCUGUUCUUUCGUCACCAACAAAAUUUUCCUGCUCAUAUCGCGGUAUUACGGUUACCAGAUAAUGUUUUAUGUUUUCGCGAUAAUCAAUUUCGCCAGCGCGUUAUAUUCGUAUCGAUACGUUAUCGAAACAAAGGGAAAAACAUUCCUGGAAAUCCAAAACUUUUUGGAGGAAAUAGUAAAUUUCACCAAGUCCGAAAAGAUUUAAGACAAUAAUCAGGCAAAAUAGUAUAUUUAAUUUUGCUAAUAUCAGCUCAUUGUUUCACUUUUUAAUUUCCCCUUCUAAUUCAUAACUGUUAACUCUGGUUUUUUUAAAGUGUAUUUCUCCGUUAUACUAGUUAUAUUAUGAUUUAAUACUAUAAAUUCUGCCUCAUUCAUAUCCUGUAGUUUAAAUUUUUACACUCAAAGGUAAAAAUACAACUAACCAAAAAGAUUUCACACAGGUGAAAAAAAUACACCUAACUAUAUUUAGUACUUAAAAAAAUAAUGUAUACAAUAACUAAUAACUAAUAA